AAAUACAAAAAAAAAUUGAAUAAAGACAAAAAAAUAAAUCAAAGAGCUUAUUUAGCUGAAUGAGCCCUAAGGAUGGAGGCUUAUGAAUGUUAGAUUGUGUGUUUGUCUAUGGUCCUUUUCUUCCUGUUUCUUUAUCAUUACUCAAAAUUUGGCUAACCUUUUGGUUGUGUGUGUAAUUCUUUCAUCUAUUUCAGCACAAUAAUACUUGUCUUUUGAUCUUGGCCGCGGUGGCGGUCCAUGCUGCUAUUGCUUGUGUUGCAGUUCUAGCAAUCGACUCUCAGAGCAUUAGAUCCAUUCUUGUGGCUUUUUUCUCAGUUGUAUUUGGACUGUUACUCUGUGGCUCCCCUCUUACCGUCAUGAAAAAGGUUAUCGAUACCAAAAGCGUGGAAUAUAUGCCCUUCUGGCUCUCUAUGGCCUGGUUCUCUGAUGGUGUUAUCUGGGCGGCCUAUGCUUUGAUCAAGGUUCCCCCCACCAUGAGGAUUGACUGGUACAUCUUGACUGCCAAUGGUCUUGCAGCAAUUUGCGCUGCUGCCCAGCUCGUUCUGUGCGCCAUGUAUUUCGGUUCAACUCCAAAAUCGAAGACCAAUGAUGAUGAUCCGAAGAAGCCAAAAAAAAUGUAAUCGAUCCAAAAGUGGAAUGGGCUGUAAAUGGGCAGAAUGGCAAUGAACAGUCCCGGAAACCCAGUUUGUGGGACAUUAUUAUUUCCAUUGGACUUUCUUGAGGUGGGUGAUUAAUCCCUUUUUAAAUUAAUUUUGCUUAUUCUUUUUUCUUACUAAUAUUCAAUGAGUUAUCAUUUCUUCACCUUUGCUGGAUGUGGGGACUAGCUGGAGCUGGAAAUAUCUAUAAAUUUUUCAAGGCGGCCCCGAGUUGGCUGUGGGGUGAAAGAAGAUGACUUGAUAAGUGAUACCCAGAAAAAAACAGGCCAUGAUUUCCUGAGGUGGCUGUAAAGCAUGACAAAUUACAAGAAAGUUGGUCAUAAUGCUUCUAAAAAUGUGUUUUACAUGAAUAAUUAGACGAACUAUUCUAUCCAUAGAAGUCUACAAGAAUAUUCUUGGAUUGUAAGCAGUAGAAGUACUCUUCGCCUACCGUUCUGGAAUUUAUAGCAUUUGGCAUA